AUUGACCCAGUUUCAUAUAACUCAUUAAAGUUGACUUAGAUCCAACUCUAUCUAUAUAAAGAGUAUACCAUGGGAUAUAGCCGGAUCAUCAAAUAGAACAAGCAAAAAAAGUAAACAAAAAAAAAAAUAGAUGUUGGGCUUGGUGUUAGGAACCAUUUUUGUCGGAACAGUUCCCAUGAUCAUUUACAGACGCCGUGCAAACGAGCCCAUACAGAAACAUAAACGAGGUGGAGGAAGCAGCAUCCUCGCAGUGUGUCUAAUCCUACUUUUGUUCCUAACGCAAGCACUUGGAGCAAAUCUAUGCAACAAUGCUGGGGGAAUCUGUAAACCUGGAGGAGCACGAAACAAGAUCCAUGCUGGAGAAGAAUUCGACCCCAGGCGCGAAGAUGUCCGUGAUGAUCAGGAUGAUUAUGAUCAGUUUGAGUUAUGAUUGGCGGAAGAUAUGCUGCAAUCCCAUGAAUUUUCUUCUCAUAUUUUAAUUUCCAAUAAUGAAAUGAAAAAUGUGUGUUUCCCUUUCAAUAGUUUAUUUUAUUCCAAGGAAAGUGAAGGUUUUGUCCUUUUCUAUUACUUUUUAUCUCCACUUUAUACAAGUUGGAUUAUAUUUU